GCCACCCAUGUUUUCAUAAAGAGCAGCUGUGCCAGCUUUAAGCUUGGUGAGUUCCUAAUGCACAAGUGUUAAGGGUAAAGUGGGUCGGGGAGUCUCGCCCGUGCUGGGUGGUGAGGUUAUGGAAUUAAGGCAGACAGACGCUAGAGGGAGCACCAGAGGCAAGGUCUGGGUCGUGUCGGUCAAGUACUGCUUUUACUUGCUGGCUUGAUUUCUUAGUCCAGAGCGCCAACCUUGCUAAACUUUGCAAGAGGAUAGAAUCUGCUCUACCAGUCGUUUGUAACGCGUUCCAAAGUGCUAGUACAAAACGUUAGCACAAAUCUGAAUACUGUAAUUAAGUGACACUUUAGAAGGCCGUCGUUAUGUGAUAACUGUUGGGAUGGCAAUCUGUGUUUUCAGCCCGAUUGUACAGUUACUAGAACUAGGCAGGAUGUUAGGUAAAAUCCUCGAUCCCCAAGUAGUUCCUCGGGAUUUCAACUAAGAAGAAUGGGGGCAAGAGUCCCGAGAUGUGUAAGAACCCAUCUUCCUCGUUGCCUAAGACAGGGGGCGCAAACCGCGAAAAAAAAAAAAGAAAAUGUGGGCUGAGGUAUUGUUGCAAAAACCAGAACCAAACAAACUUCCACAAAGUAGUACAGAGGAGUAAAAUGAUGCAAAAAUAAGAGAAAGUUAACUUGUCUUUAGCUGGCGCUUCAGAUCUCCAAGUAAAAGUGAAAACCAAUUAACAACAAAAGACCACAAACAGGUGAAACUACUUUUUACAUAAUUUAGUGGUGAGUGUGAAAUGGAACAUUUUGAUUGGUUAACAAGACAUUUGUUCUACGGGCCACUAAGGGAGCGCGAGCCGAACCUUAUUUACAUGGACUCCGCCCCUCUAUGACGACACUGUUGGAUAUUAACCAAUAAAAACAUAAUACUGUGCUAGUCUUCAUUUGCAUACAGGCUCUAUAAGUAGCGCGUAACCAGGUUGUUUCGGUGUAGUCGGGAUCACUUCUACUGGCGUGUGGGGAUUCUCCUGUGCGAAAAUGCCGGAUCCAGCAAAAUCUGCUCCUGCUCCUAAGAAAGGUUCUAAAAAGGCUGUCACGAAAGUGCAGAAGAAAGACGGUAAGAAGCGCAAGCGCAGCCGGAAGGAGAGCUAUUCUGUUUAUGUAUAUAAGGUGCUGAAGCAGGUUCAUCCAGAUACCGGCAUUUCGUCGAAGGCCAUGGGCAUCAUGAACUCCUUCGUGAACGAUAUUUUCGAGCGCAUCGCGGGCGAAGCGUCGCGCCUGGCGCAUUACAACAAGCGCUCGACUAUCACGUCCCGGGAGAUCCAGACAGCUGUGCGCCUUCUGCUGCCCGGCGAGCUAGCCAAGCAUGCCGUGUCCGAAGGCACCAAGGCGGUCACCAAAUACACCAGUUCGAAGCCUCCACUGGAAAAUUAUCUUCUCCAGGGCAAGGACCUUGUCUUGGUUCUGUAACUUUCCUGGUUAUAGGACCCACCUCCAAGCUUGCUAAACAUACUUCCAGGUGCCUCUCCUGAAGUUCCCUGAUAAGGUCACGUUGGAGGUGGGGGACUGGAGAGGUGGUUUUUAGUGUUCUCAGGUGUAUUUUUUUAGAAUAGAUUUUGGGGGCAUGGUGUACAAAAGGGCACAGUUAACAUGUGGGAUGAAUUUCUAAGGCCCUCUCAGUUCAAAACUUGCAUAACUCAAGACCAAUCCCGAAAAAGGCUGGAUAUUUUACCAAAUAAAAUAUACCCUUGAGGCAAAAGGAAAAAUCUUAGCUUCCAAUUCACUUGACAGUCAAGUUUUGAAAUUAAGCCAUUCCUAGUUAAACUUGGGGGAAUUUACAUGACUUUGUGCUUAAAAUGAAUUUUAUUCAUUUAUAAUGUAGGAGUUCAAAUUUACAUCUAAUUAAAAGUUGCAUAAAGUGGGCUGUAUGUGAUUUCUUUCUUUCACUGGGAAAUUAAGAUUCUCAGUGAGUCAUCUUUCCCUAGAGACUAUCAGACAAGGGACCAGGGAAAGAUGACUCAACUGAGAAUCUAAAAUUUCUAGUUGAAAGAAAAGAAAUCAUUAUACAACACACUUUAUGGUAGGAAAAAUCACUCUAUAAGUGAGAACUUACAUGUGCCAGACCCUGUGCUAGGUGAUGGGGAUAUACAGGUGCUCUCCUUCCCAAGUCCAUGAAGUGCACCUGGAAUUUUAUUUGUGACCAAUUAUAUCAAGUGUCCUCUGGGAAGUUUUUUUUAAGUUUUAGUUUUACCCAAUUUUCACUGUAACAUCUUUCAACUUUUUAAUCAUCUGAUUUUUGUAGAUGGAAUUCUUCAUCGUUCCCUUUAUAAUCUGUGACUAGGUGUCAUUAUUUCUGUACUCCUCAUCCAGGUUGUAACAUUUUCUUUUCACUUUAAUAUGUCUCUUUAAACUUAAAAUUUUCACAUAGACUAUUUUUUAGGGUUUUUCAUUAUAUUGGAAAGCUCUGGCUGUCCCACCCUCUUGCCCGCAAAGCAAUUUAAGUCACAUUGUACUUGGCUCCUAGCAUCUCAAACCUGCUGAAGCUUUCUUUGUUCACCAUGGUCCUAGCUUGAGAGAAAUUUUAUCUUCUUGUUCCCUGUGAGAUUCAUUUUCUUUUGCAGAGGGUAUAACUAUAGUAAAGUAUGGGAAUAAGCCUUUUCUCAGUCAUCCCAAAUAAAAUUUAUCAGAAAAUAUUGUCGGCUUAAAAUGUCCCAUAUCCAACCAUACUCGACACUUCCACUGCUGUCUUCCCACUCCAAGCCACCAUCACACCUCCCAGGUAUUUGCAAUGACUUUCUGACUGGUCUCUUUGCUUCUGCCUCUACCCUCACUCUAUUUUCCACAAACCAGCUAGAGUAAACUUUCUGAAACCUCUAAGUCAGAUCAUGUCACUCCCACACCAUCCUGCCCAACUGAAAAUCCCCAUAUGGCUUCAGAGAGAAGGUCCACACUGAUACAAUGGCCCACAUCCACCUCCUCUCUUUCCACUCUCCCUUUUGUUCUGUUUCAUCACACUUGUCUCCCUGCUCUACCUCGAAUACACCAAGGCCCUCCUAUCUCAGGGUCUUUGUGCUUGCCAUUUCUUCUUCUGGAAAAGCUUUUCCCCCAGAUAUUUAUAUGACUGGCUUCCUCAUUUCUUAGGCUUCUGCUCAAAACUUCCAUUACUCUUCAGUCCUUCCUUGACCAACUUAUGUGAGAUAGCAAGCCCACCUCCCUCUCUCCCCCCAUUUCUUGGUACUCCUUGUCCCCAUACCUUGCUAAAUUUUCUUCCGUGUAUCAUCUGAAUACUAAUGUAUUUAUUAUUUGUUUAUUACUGAAUCAGAGACUGCUACCCAUAAAAGCUGUUCUUCUCUGCUUACUUUAACCCCCUGCUUUAUGGGUGCAUGGCUUCUCAAUUAAAGGCUAAUUUACCAGCUUUUCUUGCAUCUGGGUUUCUUCAUAAGACAAAGUUCUGAGCCAAUGAGAUAUGAAUGGAAGUGAUACAUAUUAUUUCUAGUUUGUGUCCUAAAAAGGAAUAGAUAUGUGCUGCCCUUGCCUUUUUACCCUCUCCUCUGGCUGGGUUACAGAUACAAUGACAGGAACUAUGGAAACCACUCUGGGCCCAGAAACAGAAGCCAUGUGAUGAGAAUGGCAGAACUGUUCUACUAACCCUGGACAUGAGAGAUGAAUAAACUUGUAUUUUGUUUAAGCCACUUUUUUUUUUUAAUAUUUGGCACAAUAAUUUAGACUGUUCUCCGACCAAUACGUUGUCUGACUCUCCUCCUACCUUAUCAGAGUAAGUCCUAUGAAGGUAGGUACUUUGUUUUGUUCACUGCUCUAUGCCCAUCAUCUCGAGCUGUACCUGGAAUAGAGUGGGCACUCAGUAAAUACUGAUGGGAUGAAUAGAUUGAUGAGGGAAGGAGUGGUUGAGAGGGAGGGCAGUGGGAUUGCAUUUAUGAGAUGCAGAACUCUAAGAGUUGGCUUUAACAAAAAAUGAUUUUAAAAAUCUUUUGCCCUCUGAAUGGGGAACAGAACAAUACAGAGUGAAGGUCUAGGUGCAGUUGCAGACACCUGGUCCACAAAUCAGUUUAGAAGCUUCAUAGUGUAAGUUGUUGGGUAUUUAAGGAUACUUACCUACACUACCUCAGAAGCAGUAAGAGGGUAAAGGAAAACUUUUGUUUCCUCUACUAUUCUCAAUACUUCUGGCCACCAAGUAUGUGGGUUUUCCACACCAAGCAAUCCUGACAUUAACUACGUGGAGUUAGCACAGACCCCACAGGUUAAGGGCUCAGUCCAAAAUGAUUGCCCCCCCACCCUCUAUACCAACUUCAGAUGCCAAUCACAAGUAGUGGGUCCCUAGGUUACACACACCUCUGUCAGUCUUGGCUAUAGAUCAGGAGUUCCCUCAACCCCCUCCUCAGAUUCAAUAAUUUGCUAUAACAGCUUACAGAACUCAGGGAAACACUUAGGUUUACCAGUCUAUUAUAAAGGAUAUAGUAAAGUAUACAGAUGACCAGCCAGAUGAAGAUGUACAUAGGGCAAGUGUCCUGAGUGCAGGAGCUUCUUUCCCCGUGUAAUUGGGGUGUCCAUGUGGCUUCCUGGCAUGUGGAUGUGUUUACUGACCCAGACGCUUUCUGAAUCUCAUAGUUUGGGGGAUUUUAUGGAGGCUUCAUCAAGUAGGCAUGAUGGAUUAUUAACUCAACCUCCAGUCUCUCUCCCCUGGAGGAUGGGGGGUGUGGGGUUAACAGCUUCAAUCUUCUAAUCAUAGCCUGGCCUUUCUGGUGACCAGCCCCUGUCCUGAAGCUACCCAGGAGUCCACCAAGAGUCGUCUCAUUAGAACAAAAUAUGCUCCUAUUAUCCUGGAAAUUCCAAGGGAUUUAGGAGCUCUAUGUCAGGAAUUGGGGUCAAAGACCAAAUAUUCGAACAAACGAUGUUCUUAGCACCCCUAUCACUCAGGGAAUUACAAGAGUUUUAGGAGCUCUGUGUUAGAAACUGGGGGAAGGAUCAAACAUACAUUUAUUAUGUCACAGGCCACCCCCUGGUCUCUGGCCAUGGACCCCUUAAUAGCAAACCAAUUAUAAAAGUCAAAAGAUACUGGCUGAAAGGCAGUGUACUGUAGUAGUGAUGGGCAUUAGCUUUGAGUCCCAGCUAACCCACCUAAGAGCUAUAUGACCUUGGGAAAGUUUCUUUACUCUUCUGAACCUCAAUUUCUUCAUCUGUAAAAUGAGAAAAAUAAUGGAACCUACCCUCAAGACUUGUGAAGAUUAAUUGAGAGAAUGUACUUAAUGCACUUAGUACAGCAGCUGGAACAUGGCAAAUAUUCGAUCAGUGUUUCUCCCAUUAUUGUGGCUGGGAAGGCACUUGCAUGAGCACCCUUGUACCUCCAGAGCACAUUUCCUUCCCAACAAGUUAUGCUUUAAGAAAUUUCUAGUGAUUUGAGAGUCAACUCUCUAAGCAUCUUGCAGUAGAGCAGUAAGACCUUCUUUAUCUUAAAAACAUCCAAGAAGGCAAUGCUACAAUUUACUUGUUGGGCCUCUGAUACUGUAGAAUCUUUAAAUAUCAGCUAUGUGUCCCAAAAGGGAAAAAAAGAAUUAAAUAAUAAAAGACCUUAUUAUUUCUAGUGUCUGUUACUAGUGCUCUGUAAAGACCAAUAUAAUCUUUGGCAAAUACCUUUUAAAAAAAAAAUCAGAUGAUGUUUGCAAUACUUCCCAUCAAUGCUUUCAGAAAAAAAUGAAAUACUUUCAUCCUAAUACUUCUUUCUGAUUUCUGAGUUGAAAGCUCUGAAUUUUGAGGCUUUAACACAAGAGCAAGCCAAAUGAAUAGAAAUGAUAUAAGGCAUACUAUCAGGUAGCACAGAGAAGGACACACCUUAUAACCAAAAGGAGAAUGUGCAGAUAUUUGGGAAAUGUUUAAUUAGAAAUUCAAAAAUGGGCUUGGUGGAGUCAGGUUGAUGACUUCUGAGUUCUUCAUUUCUGCUUGUUAAUGUACUUCAUGUUUUUCCUCUCAGUAUUUUCAAGAUGAAGCUCCUGUUCCUGUCACUAUUCAGGAAUGAAAGUUUCCCCAAGAAUAUAAGACUUUCUUAUUCAAACUACAGUCCAAGGAGUGGUAAACAAGUAAGAUGGCAGUCCC